UGACCAAGAUGGGAAGAGUUGUCGACGUACGUUGGCAUGACGUAAUGUCCUAGCGCCUGGCAACACGCACCGACUGAUUCAUUCUGAAGUAGCUAGUUUGCUAAUUCACUGUCAGAUAAACAUGACUCUCACUCGGACAAACGUUAACCUCUCUACUUUACGCUAAUAACACUCUUGUUUAUAUUAUACAACAAUCCGACCAUGAAGUUGCUCCAUAAAGACAUCGAAAAAGAUAAUGCCGGUCAGGUGACUCUGAUACCAGAGGAGGCGGAGGAUAUGUGGCACACCUACAACCUGCUGCAAGUGGGGGACAGCCUGAGAGCCUCCACUAUCAGGAAGGUGCAGACAGAAUCCCCUACUGGAAGUGUGGGUAGCUCCAGAGUUCGGACUACUCUAACCUUAAGUGUGGAGACCAUCGACUUUGACUCCCAGGCCUGCCAGCUGAGAGUAAAGGGCACUAACCUAGAGGAGAACCAGUAUGUCAAGAUGGGGGCUUACCACACUAUUGAGCUUGAGCUCAACAGGAAGUUCACUCUAGCUAAAAAGAGCUGGGACAGUGUUGUGCUGGAUAGGAUCGAGCAGGCAUGUGAUGCAACCCAGAAGGCAGACGUGGCAGCUGUGGUAAUGCAGGAGGGUCUGGCCAACCUGGUGCUGGUGACCCCCGCCAUGACGCUGCUUCGUGCUAAAGUGGAGGUCACCAUUCCUCGCAAGAGAAAGGGAAGCUGCACUCAGCAUGAGAAGGCGCUGGAGAGGUUCUAUGAGGCUGUGAUGCAGGCAAUCCUUCGCCACAUUAAUUUUGAUGUGGUGAAGUGCAUCCUGGUUGCCAGUCCAGGGUUUGUGAAGGACCAAUUCAUCACCUACCUCUUUAAAGAGGCGGUGCGACAGGACAACAAGAUCCUGCUGGAGAAUCGACCCAAAUUCAUGCUGGUCCACUCGUCAUCAGGCCAUAAGUACUCACUCAAAGAAAUCCUCUCUGAUCCCACUGUCACAAGUAGACUUUCUGAUACCAAGGCAGCAGGAGAGGUGAAAGCCCUUGAAGAUUUCUAUAAGAUGCUGCAGCAUGAGCCUGACAGAGCCUUCUAUGGACUGGCUCAUGUGGAGAAAGCUGCUGAUGCCCUCGCCAUUGAUACCUUGUUGAUAAGCGAUAAGCUUUUCAGACAUCAGGAAAUUGCCACGAGGAGUCGUUACGUUCGGUUGGUGGACAACGUGAGAGACAAUGGCGGCAAUGUCAGAAUAUUCUCCAGCCUCCAUGUGUCUGGUGAACAACUGACUCAGCUGAGUGGAGUGGCUGCCGUCUUGCGGUUUCCCAUUGCCGACCUAUCAGAGGCUGAGGACGACAGCAGCUCAAAUGAAGACUGAUCCACGGAGCUCUUUUUGGCAGAAAACAAGAGGAAGGUCGUCCAGUGUUGCAGAUAAUAUGUGGUCUACAUAGUCCACCUCUGCAACAUCCACACCUCUUUCAAGUCUAAUCUACACACCUGUUUUCUUAAAGUGGCCAUAAUCUCAGAUAAUUUGAUGCAUAUUUUUGGGGGGAGGAAGGUUUGAAGGUGACAGUGUCUUUGAAAUGUGCAAGUUAAGCAUUCUUAUAAGUUCAUAAGAUUGCCAAUGAAAAGGAAUGUAUAAUUAUUUGCCAAGUCCAAAUGAAAACAGUUAUAAUUUUGACUAAAUAGAAAAAAACGUUGAUUUUUCGAUUUAAGUGUAUAUAAAAUUUACCUCUCUAGCAAUUAAACAGAAGCAUUCAACCA